GAUGAACACCGAAGCUCCCACUCCUGAAGCGCUGAGUCUGGCCCAUGCUCUCGUGGAGUUGUGUUCCCAGCAGGAGGACUGGGGGAGGUUGGGUGUAGUCUUCCGCUCCAUAUGCCACUCCCACAGAAGCCUUGUCGACUUACAGCACUUCAGCGGCUGCGUUGCCAUAGCGCUGCUCAAAGGGGACAAAGACAGACUAGCCCUGCCCUUCGUCUCCUUCACUGAGACAGUGUACCAGGAGACAGAGGACUGGGAUGAUGGUCUGAUCAAGAGCUUCCUGGGGAGAAUAGGAGUCUCUCUGAUGUUCAGAUACCACAAGACACAACAAUGGGCCAAGGGCCGGAGGCUGGUGGAUGUGUUAUCCAGGUUAAAGGUAAACUACUCCACUCUGAAGGGACUGUUCGGUAACGAGGAUGGAGCUUCUCGCUGUCACCUAAUCACAAUAGCUACAGAACUUUUCCUUAGGAGCAACAGUGUUGAGGGUGCACUCAAUACACUCCGAGAUAACGAGUGGUUCCUGAGUUCGUGUGUGUGGCCGUGUUCGGUGGAGGACGUAGCGGAGAGAACAACUGUUCUGGUACGACUGGCUGAGAUAACAUCCCACAGAGACACACUGGAGGUCCUCACUAACCUGCCUGGUCUUAAGGAACCUGCAGAACUAGCAGACAUCUCCAUAUAUGGCUGUCUGUUCAACAGUCACCUCAAGUCAUGUGUCGACAGACAAACUGUGACUGUGGCCUCAGACACGCUGGGUUUCAUGUUGUCUAAGAGCCUGGCUGUGGACCCUCCUCUGCUGCACACUCUGCUGCACAAACUGGGCAAGCAAAACAUCUGGCUACGGGCUAGAGCUCUCUUCAAACAGGCCCUGUGUCUAGGCUAUUACCCUGGUGUGAAGUCCGUGCCAGGCUCUCUAGCACUGACCGUUCCCUGUUCCCUGGGGGAGAUGGAGAUAGCUCUGGCCUUUGAGAUGGUCCUCACCUUCAAUGCUACAACCAUCCUCAACACAACAGGCACACCCCAGUCCAUCAUCAUCACACUCAAGAGAACAGGGGACCGUGAGAGUGAGUAUUUGGCGGCAGGCAGUCGCCUCCUCUCGGCAGCGAUCGUCCCCAACCCUAAACUGACCGUCCACUAUACAGCGGUCAACUCCUGUCAGGAACAGCUGUUCACGGUCGACACACACACCGCACGCCGCUGGCUCCGACACAACCACACCUGGGCCAACGAGGUCUGGACACAUUCCUAAAAAUACAAGCAUUCCAGGAAUACUGACCUACGUUCCCAUCCUGGGAAUACCGACCAGGGUUCUUUCUGGGAAUAUCAGGAAGGUUUGGAACAGGACAAGGUUGUACGGAACACUUCCAUGGCCGUGUGUGUGACACUCUUCGAAGUUUAACCUGCAGCAUCUAGACUUUACAGGCUGAUCUGAUCAAGGGAUUUAUAUCAAGAAAAGACUAUCAGAACUGCAUAUAAUUGUUUGAGUUUUUACAAAACUUAAUUGUAUGUUGAGUUUUUCAUUGUAAGUCGUUUUAAUUUAAAGGAACUGUUGAAUGGAGGUGAGAAAGUACGAAGAACUUUCCAAGUUUGUUUGGCUUUGACUAGAUUUUUUUUGAAAAAUGUGGUUUAUUUGAAAGUUCUCUAAUUUUAGCUUGAUUUAGCUUGAUUGUCUUUAAACACUUUUUGUUGCACAUUUCUGAGGCACUUGAACAAUUGUGAAGCUAGAUUUUACUGUUUUGUAAGAAAUGUAAAAAAGAUGAAAGAAUGUCGGUAUUGAACUGGGUACCAUUCAUACUUGACUACAAGGUUUGUUUCAGAAAAUGUUUAUUUUCCUUAGCAUUUGUUUCUAGGCAGAUUUAAAAGCCUAAAAUGUUUUAUUUUGUGUCAGUCAGCUCUUUCAGUAAUGCUACAUUUUAAUGGAAUAAAUUCACAACAGUACUAUUAUUAUUGUAAAGAAAGCAAGCGUGUCCCAAAACUCUAUGAUCUCACUGUGAUUUUGAGACACAAACACAUUUUGAUCCCAUUUAACCGAAUGGUCCUAGCUGGAAUCACAUCAGUGUUUACGACUUCCCUGAUUUCUUUACAUUCCUAUUUGUUUCCUUUUCCAUUGCAAAAUCAUUCAAUUCUUCUCGUGCUUCAAAGUGAUUGUCGAGAACCUGGUUCUAAGUCUAUCGCUGGUUUUAGCGAUUAACAGUAUUUCAGCAUCUUCUACUGUAGGUAUGUUUGGUUGUGUAAAACACAUUGUUUUCUGGAACAAGUCUAGAAGCUUCUAUUUAGUUUUAGUCUUAUUUUGUAUUUCUUAAAGGAAAAAUAAACUACUACU